AUGACUCGUAAAAUGGACUACAGCGUACCCAUCACACCAUUUGAUACUCCUCCAACUGUUGGCUAUCCAACCCCGAUGACAUUCAGAAAGGUCCCGCAAGACGAAAAACCCGUCGUGCAAAUCCACGAUGCGACAACGCUGGAAGGGCAGCAAAUUAGCGCCAUCAUUUCAGUCAAGAGAGCAUUGAAACCCGCGGCCCUCUCUUUACCUCUUGCCAAAGUCGGCGAUUAUGUCGAAGUUCUGGCACAUCACAAUGUCAAUCAAGUUGAAGUGAAGAGUAUUCGUACUGGUAUGACGGGAACCAUUGAUUGGGAGGAUUUACUUCCGGUUCCAUAUGAUGAAAAAUGCGGCUGUUUGAAUGGAGGAUGUCGAUGCAUUUAUGAGAGCUUGCAAGCAUAUUCUGCGCGUCGCCCGCUGAGGUCGAUGCCCGUUUAUGGUAGUCAGGAUAUGAGUGGAACGUAUGUAACGAUGCCUAUUCAAACACCUAUUUCUCCAAAUCCUCCAUUCCAGCUUGGCAAUAUUGCAACAAAGACACCCCUUGAAGUAGAUGAUCCCUUAACGAUUGCUGGACAGACGCCCGGUGCCAUUCUAGUUGUCAAACACCACGCCCAUUACCCCGAUGACUUUGGCCCUGUUCUCGAUAUGGAAAUCGGAGACCAUUGUAAGUAUCUCGAGGCCUGUGAGCGAGGUUGGGGCAAGGUGAAGGUCAAAAAUCUUCGCACUGGAAAGGAAGGAUUUGUGCGGUGGGAAGUCUUUAAAAAGGUCGGUGUGAGGUUUAGGUGUUCCUGUGGUAAGGGUCAUUGCUAUUGCGUGUAUGAGGAUUUUGAGAAAAGCAAAGUCUAUUGUGAGGCUCUAAGAUGA